CUCUUGAUCCCUUUUCACUCAUUUAUCUUUGGUGGUUUGGUUUGCGUUUUUUUCCCUCACCAUUCUAUUGUUUUGGGAGGGGGUCAUUUCUAACACUCUUUUAAUUCUUUAUUUUUUAAAAAUUUAUAUCUUAAUUAAUAUAAUACCUUCAUCACGGAACCGACGAAUUAAAGCGAUCUUUAACCCAACCUAUAAACAAACCUUAAUUACCCGCAACCCCAGCCCAUGAUCCUAUCGUCAACGAAACAAAGCCUGGAUGUAAAUCCCCUAGAGCGUUAUUGUCGGAAUCAACAACAUAUACAUGGGCCAUGUUUCAUAAAACUUUUUAAACAAAUGCUAAAACUCUAUGCCAGAUUUGCUUUCAGCGGCAACUCAAAUGCAAUGAUUUUAGUAGCUUAUUACAAUCACGUUAUCGUUAAUCGUUUGGCCUAUAUAUAAGCUAUUGAAUGAUGACACGUUUUAUGCAACAGGACCCGUUACGAUCGUGGUUUUCGUUUGGAAAGAUAGCUCGAGUGUGACAUGGGCCGCGAACUCUAUAUUGACUAGACACAUUAGUAUUGACCGAAUGGACAUCACAUCACUUACAGUAAUACAGACAUGUAUGUUUGUCACAGCGGCAUCAAAAUUAAUGUGUACAUUCAUUGGCAACGGUUGAAAGUACGAGUUGGCCAGCUUAAAAUGUUUCUGUUGCCUUUUAGCUUAUAUGAUUGCAUUAUUUGUCGUGUAACAGACAUCUUAUAAAUUUGACCUGCUGUUCGAAAACUAUUCUCAAAUAGGUGCAGCAUCUUUUGUUUUUCGCCUGAAGUAGAAAAAAAACACUUAUACUCAGAGAGCGAAUAAGAUAACGGCUGCAUGAUCUGCAGAUGAAUUAUAUAGGUCGAUAUAUGAUUGGAUUAUUCUCUUUUGCUUGAUCUACAUUAAGGUUGGAUAGAUGAGGCUCUUUUGCAGCCGAAGGUUUAAAACUCAUCUUUUACGAUGUACCUUAAACAUCGCGGUCAUCCUCCUAUUCGUGAUCGUCACCAUCUACCUAUCCGAUCUCCUCAACGUCGACAGUGACAAGGAGAAUGCUAUCGAUGAAGAGGAACAAGAAUUCUCCUCAUUCCUGGGUGAGCUUCGGCCCUUCGACAUACCCGUUGUCAUAAAAAAAGCCCCCUCUCGGAUCAAAGGCGACUUGGUCCGACCCAACAACAAGGCCCUCAACGAAGACGACGACGAAAGAGAGAACGAUAGAAGGGCUCGGCCAGUCGACGAUGAGAACAGCGUAGUCAAUGACGGUAAAGUUGGAAGUAUACAGAGCAGAGUUCAGGUAGUAGAGGUACACAUAAUCAACUUUAAUGUCCUUGUAUUCAAGUUCUGCAUUUCAUUUUAUAUCAUACAAUUGCUAUUAUAA